ACUGUGCAAUACCAUUAACCACUGGAAAGCGCAUAGAGAAGCGAAGAGAACAUACUGCAGCGGGCGCAAGAGGGUUGGACUUUGUUGGCGUUCUGAAGCAAAUUAAGUGAAAAUACUGAGGAAAAUCAAGACUCAAACUCACUGACUUUGUGAAACAUUGGACGCACGAAUUCAGGAUACACAAUACGCUUUACAACCUUUAGGGCUUGGGGAAAGAAGCCUCCGAGAGGUAACAGUCGACAUGCAGCACUAUGGAGUGAAUGGCUACUCGCUGCACGCGAUGAACUCCCUCAGCGCCAUGUACAACCUCCACCAGCAGGCAGCGCAACAGGCCCAGCACGCACCUGAUUACAGGCCUUCUGUACACGCCCUCACUCUCGCUGAGAGAUUGGCUGACAUCAUCCUGGAGGCUCGCUACGGCUCCCAGCACCGCAAGCAGCGGCGCAGCCGCACGGCCUUCACCGCCCAGCAGCUGGAGGCCCUGGAGAAGACCUUCCAGAAGACGCACUACCCGGACGUGGUGAUGCGCGAGCGGCUGGCCAUGUGCACCAACCUGCCCGAGGCCCGCGUCCAGGUGUGGUUCAAGAACCGGCGCGCCAAGUUCCGCAAGAAGCAGCGCAGCCUGCAGAAGGAGCAGCUGCAGAAGCAGAAGGACGCGGCCGAGGGGCCGGCGGCGGAGGAGGGCAAGGCCGAGGCGCCCGCCGCUGGCGUCACCGAGGCGCAGACCCCUCCUUCCUCCUCCUCCUCCUCCGCAUCCUCCACAGCUUCGUCCUCCUCGGAGGCAGAGAGGCCUCAGCUGCCCCUGCCGGCCGAACUGAGCGUGGAGGUGAACGUCACCUCGGCCGAGCAGUCCGACAGCGAAUCGGCCGCGGAGGACACCGCGGAGGAGGAGCUCAAGCAGCUGAGGGAGGAGCCAAAGGGCGACAAGGGUCUGUUGCCUGGCGGCAAGUCUCCGCCCUGCAAACAGCUGAGCCCCAAGCCAGAUUCUCCGCUGGGCUCCCCGGUGGCCUCGUCCUCGAGCGGAGUCAGCGGUGGGAUGUCCCAGAGCCACUCGUACUCCUCGUCUCCGCUCAGCCUCUUCCGCCUGCAGGAGCAGUUCCGCCAGCACAUGGCCGCCACCAACAACCUGGUGCACUACUCCUCCUUCGACAUGGGCGCGCCCUCCUCCAUGCCCUACCUGGGCAUGAACGUCAACCUCCCCACGCCGCUGGGCUCCCUGCCCUGCCAGCCCUACUACCAGUCCCUGUCCCACGCGCAGCAGGUGUGGAACAACCCCAUCCUGCAGGCCUCCGGCACCCUCCCCGCCCUCAACAGCAAAACCACCAGCAUCGAGAACCUGCGCCUGCGUGCCAAGCAGCACGCCGCCUCGCUGGGCCUGGACACCAUGCCCAACUGACGCCCAGCUCCGCGGCCUGGCCGGGAACCAAAUUCCCCCCUGCUUCCUUUACCACCCCGACCCCAUCCCACAUCAACCGGACAGCUAAGACCCGGACACUUUUCCCAAAAUGUGGUCUUUCCUGCUGUUGGGACUGAGAGAUUCACCUGCGCUGCUUGAGCUGAACCCUGAGCCAUUUUCGUUCAGUUUUUGUCACACGUCAACUAUCGACCACCUUCAGAAAAUAUGGUGAGAAUACAUUCCUCUUCGAGUCAGGAGGAAGUGAUCAAAGAAUUCAACAUCUGCUAGAGCAGUGGCAUACGGACUGGCAUUGAUGGAAAAAAUAUGUGGAUGUUUUUUUUCUGGAUUGUCAUCAUCAGAACUCCACGUUUGACUGGGGUGGAUGGACUGUAAGACCGGGCUACAACAAGGGCCUUUCUGCUUUGUAAAUAGCUUUCCAUGUUUGUUCAGACCUCCCUGGUUACAGUGUAUCAGUUGGUGUUGCCUUCUGUGAAGAUGUUUCAUUAGCAAUAUCAAUUUCCAUAUCGUGAUAACAAAUAAAAUAAAGUAUGAAGGAGACACAAAUGAAGGAAAAUAAGACUUAAAAAUUAAGCUUUGAUACUACAUGUCUCUUCAAAGCGGCGUUUUUUCAAAAACAAUUAAUCUGACAUUUUGACCACAUUGCCUAUGUUCCAUUCAAGUACAAAUUGUUAUUAUAAACCUAAGCCAUGCGUUCUUUGAUUGCUAAAUUAAAUGUGACUAAUUUCUCUGUUUUAUGACCAGGAUUGAACCACUUGUAAGGAGAAUGACUCCUUAAUGAGAAAAUGAUUUCAGCGACUAAAUGCACAAGCUGUUAAUUACUUUAUGGCUUAGGGCAACAGAAAAUUAUGCCAUUAUGAGCUGUGCCUGAAAUGUGAAUUGCGCUUGAAUCCCAUAUCCUCAACAAAUAGGUUCCAGAGGCAAGAAAUAUUUACGCUCUGCCCCAACACCAGUAUCAGAUGUGUCUUUGCUUAGAAACAGUUUUACCACUAGUGGUCCUGCUGCAGAGAUUCUAACCGUAUCACAGCCCAGAGAACUGAUAAUAGUUUACAUUGACCUUAAGGCUGAUGUGUAUAUAAAGUUCCCACUGUCUGGGGACGUUCCCUGUGAGAUACUCCCUGUGUAAAGCACUUGCAGGAAGCAAGACCUGUCCUCUCUUGCCUAUUAAAGGUCUGAGCUCAUCCACUAGAUGUAAAUUAUUUUAUAUGUAGAUUAAGAGAAAGAUACUUUAUAUGUAAAUGUCAUCCGUCAUACAAAUAAGGGAUACUUAAGGUUGUCUUCUGUCAUAGAUUGUGAAGUUUAAUUUGGGCAAUCCUGUAGCUCUCCUUAGAAAGAUUGUACUGUGUUGGCGACAGCCUGCACUUUUAACAGCAUAAUUCUAUAAAUGAUACAGUCUGGGUGUCUAUGUAAGUCUUCAUAUUGAUGUCCGUUGUGGCCGUGGUCAUACUGAAGAACUGUAACUUAAUUACGAGGUCAUCGAGUCAAAUGACAAUGUUGCAAAUUAAACAAAGCUGAAAAGUGAUCCAGACUCAUAGCAGUUUUCCUUAAGUUAACAAGGUAGGUUUUAAAAGUGGUAUGUUGUACAAAAAAAAAAUCUUAAAUAAAGCAUUGUUUGAAGAUCUUUACA